AUGAUAAACCUUCGUCCUGUUACAAUCUCUGAUGUUAAAGAUAUUCUCCGUAUUCAUUAUGCUGCUGUUCAUGGAUUAGCAACAUCAACCUUUUAUUCCCAGAAUGUUCUUGAAAGUUGGUCACCCUCGCCCACAAAUGAACGCCGUUUGAAGCAGUUCCAUCAAGCGAUACAGGACAAUACAGAAAUAAUUAUGGUCGCUGAAUCGACUGAGACUGGUAUAAUUAUGGGAUUUGGUUCUGUUGUACCUUCUCAACAAGAACUUCGUGCAGUCUACGUCGAUCCAACAUUCGCUCGUCGAGGUGUUGGCACGAAAAUUAUAACUAGUCUUGAAGAGCUCGCUGUACAUCAUGGUGCACAUAAACUGCAUUUGGAUGCCUCACUCAAUGCUGAAAGUUUUUAUUGUCGUCAUGGAUAUUCAAUCGUAGAACGUGCUAUUCACAGGUUAAAUUCAGGUAUCGAUAUGGAGUGCAUUAAAAUGAGCAAGGAGCUACACCUACAUUAA